AUGACUCCCAAAUCGGCCCGAAUUAUCCGUUUCCCCACUUGGAGCGAAAAUCUUUUAUCGUCUCAUUAUGCUUGUUUUUAUCUAUCCGCCCAUCAAUUUUUAAAAAUAGCAUUCAUUUUAUCGCUUUCUGAAUCUAUCUAUCUAUCUAUCUAUCUAUCUAUCUAUCUAUCUAUCUAUCUAUCUGUUCAUAUCUACCUAUCUAUAUAUCUCAGUCAGUUCAUAUCUAUCUAUCUAUCUAUUUAUCUAUCUAUCUAUCUAUCUCAAUCUUCGGUUCAUAUCUAUCUAUCUAUCUAUCUAUCUAUCUAUCUAUCUACUUAUACCUACCUUAUUCUAUUAAUAUCUAACUAUAUCUAUUUUAAUAUAUCUAUAUCUAUUUGCCCAUAUAUUUUAUUCUAUAUCUAUCUAUCUAUCUAUCUAUCUUCCUUCUUCAUAUCUCUUCAACAAUCCUUGGCUUGCUUAAAUAAAUCGCGUUCUUCUUUCUUUUUCCUGUCGCUUUUCAUUUUGCCUUCCGGUUACUCGCCGCCUAAGACUAAAAAACACUCUCCAGCAUUAUCGCAUCAACUGAUUUUUUCAUCUCAUUUGCCGCCUAGCUCUUCUUCUUCUUCUUCUUCUUCUUCUUCUUCUUCUUUUCGUCUUCUUCUUUUCUUCUUCUUUUUCUUUUCUUCUUCUUCUUUUCUUCUUCUUUUUUUCUUCUUCUUCUUCUUUUCUUCUUCUUUUCUUCUUCUUCUUUUCUUCUUCUUCUUCUUAUUAUUAUUAUUAUUAAUAACAACAAACAUUUCUUCUUCUUCUUCUUCUUCUUCUUCUUCUUCUUCUUCUUCUUCUUCUUCUUCUUUUCGUCUUUUUAUUCUUCAUGUGUUUCCCUCAAGCCCUACUUAUGUCUGCAGCGUACAUUCUAAACUGCAUCAUUUUGCCAACAAACCAGGUUACUUCUAG